AUGUUGUGCUGUGAGCAUGUCAUCAUGAGGAAGGACAGGGAUAACCCUCUGGCGCUGUCAUCCAAGAAACCAUGCUGGGGCCAGACGGUCUACGGCGGAGAGCUGGAGAGGUUGCGUGCUGAUUUGGAAGCAGAGAAGAACCGAACACAGCGGGAGCAUGGAGAGCUCUGUGUGGAGCUUAGACACCUGCGGGAAGGAGCAGAGAGGGAACAGUGGAGGUCUGUGAGGGAGCUGGCGGCCAGGCGAGGGUGCCAAAAGGACAGGCACUCUAACAGACACUGGCGUCUGCUGGCUGAGGAGGUGAACAUUAAAGACAGUGGGCAGUACAGUGGGGUUGAGUCUAAAGAGAAAGGAGCUUUUUGUUUGUGCAGUGGAGAAACGUAUACAAAGCUGGAGAAGUUGCUGCGGACGCAGUAUGAGAAGAUAAAUGGUGAGCAGGCAGUCUAUAAAUUGCAUCACAGGCAGGAAUUUGAGCUAGAAAAGGCCAUCUUCCUCUGCCACCUGCUAGAGGCCCAUGGAAGACUUUUGCAGGGGUGGCAGAGAGCAGGCCACCCCAGCUACAUUUUUAAACGUCUCUCGAGAAAGCCAACUCAGGAAGUCAGCAGUGACUCCUGUCAGACAAAGCCUCUCCUAACCUCCUCCAGGGCCGUGCUGCAGACAUCGCACAGCGCCUCCCACUCGCCUAAGAAGAAGACCAAACACGAUCCACGAAAGCAGCCUUCAGGGAGCGCCCUCUGCGCAGCUGACCCCUGCACCAGCGCUGCAGUUGUGGACACCUGUCGGAGCAGCCCUCUGGAAAUUUGUCACCCUCGCAGCGCACCCCAUGCAGGCUGGGAUGACCAGCCCCCCUGCUGCACUGAGUCUUCAGGGUCAGACAAGUCACCGCCCACCAAAUGCAUGGACAGAAACAUGGAGAAUGGUACUGACUAUGGCUUCCUGGUGCGCCAGAACUCUGAACUCUUGCGAGCCCUCGAUGAGCUGGAGAAGACUUGUACCACACUGAGGGAGGAGAAUGGCCUGCUGCGGAAGAGCAGCGCCCCAGAGACCGAGGAGAAGGUCAGGCGGCUGAGGAGGAAGAACACAGAGCUCGCUGUACUUGCUAAGAGGCUGGAAGAGAGGGCUCGAAAACUGCAGGAGGCCAACCUCAAAGUGGUGAACUCCCCGUCACUGAUGAGACCUGGGUCUGUGGAGCAGUACAAGAGGGCGUUUGCCCGACAGCGAGCUCGUGACCUCGCCCAGCAUGCCGAUGCACUGCUGUCAAAGGACAAAGAGAUUGCUGCCCUGCAGCAAGAAUGCCGAGAGCUGGAGGCUCGGCUGGGCACCACUAAGGGCUCCCCUGUUCCAUCUGGCAGGGUGGAAUUUGAGAGGCUUCUCAGGGAGUCUCAGAGGGAGGUGCUGCGGCUCCAGAGGCAGCUGUCGGUCACAUCAUCCAGACAGCAGCACAACCAUAGUCCCGACUCCGGUGGCCCACAGAAGUGUGGGGAAAUUGAGGAGGAGGGGGAAACAAAGGUUGGAGGAGAGACCCCGUGUGUGGUAUUAGAUGAAGCUCCGUCCAGGUGUGAGAAGACUCCCGGAGAGGAGGAGGAGUCGGGGCUGCAAGUGACGCCCCAACCGGGCCUUAGCCCGACCCCCUCCCAUCAGGAGGAACACACAGAGGAGCAGCGCCUACAGUUUCUGGAAAGUGAGCUGAGCAAGAAGAGAAAAGAAUGUGAAAACCUUGAGCAUGAAGUAAAGAAGCGACAGAAGAGAUGUCUGGAUUUGGAGAGCCAGCUUGAGGAUGAGCGAGGCAAAAAUGAGCAACUAAAGGAGGAGGCAGAUCUCCUCAGGAGGAAGGCACAGCUGCUCGACCAGACUCGGGCUGAGAAUGAGGAGCUGAGGGAAGAUCUCUCUGAAGUGACCGCUCAACACAGUUCAGUUCUCGAGGAGAACCAGAGACUCCGUGCCAAACUGGAGAACCUAGAGCAGGUCCUAAAGCAUAUGCGAGAGGUCGCCGAGCGAAGGCAGCAGCUGGAAUUGGAACAUGAGCAGGCACUGGCUAUCCUUAAGUUCAAACAGGAUGAAAUCAAACGGUUACAGCGGGCUCAGUUAUUCGCCAAGAGGGAGCAUGAGGGAGUGGUUCAGAUGCUGGAGGAGUUGACGCAGCUUGUGUUGCGGAGGGAGCUGUCAAAGGUACGAGAUCUGGAGGAGAAAUGCCGCAGCCAGAGCGAACAGUUUGGCUUGCUGUCCCAAGAGCUGGAGAAGUUUCGACUGCAGGCCUCGAAGGUGGACCUGGACGGCUCUAGUCUCCUUAACAACCCCAGCCUCUCUGUUCUGACUAACGGGGUGGGCCUGACUACUGAACGAGAUGUGGCCGCCGCUCUGCGGAUGGGGGCCACCCCCCACGCUGCAGGGUUGUCCAGGGUGGAGCGCUCGCCUGUCACCAAGCACCGAGAGCUGCCCACCAUCAGUGUCAGCAAGUCAGGCUCUUCCUCCAGCAAGUCAGAGACCACACACCUCACCCCUAAGUCUGACACCCACCUCAGUCCGCACAAAUCAAGCCCAACACAUGAGGUGGACACUGCCAGUGAAGUGGAGGAGCUGGACAUUGAUGCAGCCCCGGCACCUUACACAGCCAGCAGAGGAGCAGCAAAGCUUCAGGUUUUCAUUGCAAGAUACAGCUAUAAUCCAUAUGAUGGCCCCAAUGACAACCCUGAAGUGGAGCUUCCCCUCACCGCUGGGGAAUACAUCUAUGUGUAUGGAGACAUGGAUGAUGAUGGCUUCUAUGAAGGUGAGCUGAUGGAUGGACGGAGAGGGCUGGUCCCCUCUAACUUUGUGGAACGUGUUUCAGACGACGAUGUCAUGACCACUCACCAUCCAGAGACGGGGGACAUGUCCCAUAACUCCCUGCUUGACAGCAGCCUGCACAGUGCCAGCCACCAGCAUCACCUCCACAUGGGCGUCAGCGCCUCAGAAAGGACAGAGGCCUCUGCUGCCUCUGGCCCUGCCUCAGCCCCCUCAGAUUCAGCAUCGGCCUUGGCUGUCCCAGCCCCCCUCACCAACGGCCUGGACUUGGAUUUGGAGGAGGUGGGAGUGGACAUUGUGCCUUACCCACGUAAGCUCACCCUCAUCAAGCAGCUUGCCAAGAGCAUCAUCAUCGGCUGGGACCCUCCGUUGGUGCCGGCUGGGUGGGGCAAUGUGUGGAGCUAUAAUGUGUAUGUGGACCAGGAGCUGCGGCUCAAUGUGCCCUUCGGUUCCCAGACCAAAGCGGUGCUGGAGCGGCUAGACAUAAACCUCAAGGCCUACCGUGUGUCAGUGCAAAGCUUGACAGAGAAGGGCCUCUCAGACCAGCUGCGCUGCAGCUUGCUGGUCGGUCGGGACGUUUGUGUGGCGCCCACGCAGCUGCGCGUGGAAAGGAUCACCGCCACAUCUGCCAACCUGACCUGGCUGCCCAGCAACAGUAACUAUGUGCACAUUGUGUCCUUGAAUGAGGAGGAGUGUGAGCUGGUGAAGGCUGGCUGCUACUCGCUGUGCCUCAAUAACCUCUUGCCCAGCCUGCAGUACACAGUCAAAGUGGAGGCACGUCCGCACCGCACGCCAUGGGAGUUACCUGUGGAACGACGGGAACACAGAAGCGCUACAAUCACCUUCACCACACUGAUGGCAGGUCCCCCUGAUGCUCCUCUGGAUGUACAGCUGGAGCACGGUCCCUCCCCGGGGAUUGCCCUCAUCAGCUGGUUGCCAGUCACUAUAGAUGCUGCUGGAACCUCCAAUGGAGUCCGUGUCACUGGAUACACUAUAUAUGCUGACAAGAAAAAGGUGCUGGAGGUGUCUUCUCCAACAGCCGGCAGUGCCCUGCUGGGCCCAUCUCAGAUCCAGUCCCUGCAGGCAGCUCAGGAGCUCACUGUCCGCACUAUGUCCGCCCACGGGGAGUCCUGUGACUCUUUUCCAGUCAAUGUGCCCUCCAAGCUGGCCGCCAUCAUGGCAGGUCCAGCUAUCACCACCCCAGUUGUGCCACCCCUACCCUGCAUCCCUGCGGGUUCCAGCAACCUGCCCUCACCGCCGUCCUACGGGAACUCUGCUGCCAAAGUCUCCAUGCUGCCCAGCUCUUUGCCAUCAGACACACACAUCACUGGCCUCACAGUGGAGGCUGUUGCCAACCCCCCUCAUGCUCUGCACUCAGAAGAUCUCUCUCUCUCAUCUGCCUCAUAUGUGAAGGCCUGGGCCAACCCAACGUCUGCUGCUGCCUUGGCUGUGUGUGAGGCUGCAUUACCCGCAGCCUCUGCCAUUACUCCAGUGGUUAAUGUGACCUCCCCCAACACCUCAACACCUCAACCAUCCCCAGUAGCAGCACCUGCACCUGCACAGUUACCAGCAAUGGCAGCAGCAGCAGUGUCGGAGCAGCGCAGAGACACCGACAGCCCUGGAACGAUGCGUCCUUUCCCAUCUAUCACAGAGUUCAUCGAGGACCCCAGUGCCAAGCUCGGGACACCUGAGCGCAUCCCCACCCCACCCAAAGCCCCCAUCACAGACCUCCUUAACCCUCUGGACACUAACCUCCUCCGACCCCCCUGCACUUCACCGCUGGAGUCAGAGGUAGAGGACGAGCUAGAGAAUACCCGCUUGGUGUCCAUCGAGGAGUUCUUGAGACAGGACCAGGAGCCAGCAUACUGUAGGGCGCAGCAGAGUUACAGCAGAGGACUUGCUGAGCCUCCCAGUGACUACCAUGCAGACAACAGCCGUUCAGAUCUGUCUGACAUCCUGGAGGAGGAGGAGGAGGACCUUUACUCUGACCAUCUUGGAGAAACACAGGCCAGGGGCUACACCAUUGGAGCUAACAGGGAGCCCUGCCAAAUCCCUCCAGCUGAGGCAGGUCCAUCAUGGGGAGGCCAAGCUGAGCUCUCUCCUAAACCAGCAAACAUGCAGGCUAGGCAACUCAAAGGGGUUGUUGAUUCACCAAAGAUGAAAGGAGACGAUGAUAUACGCAUCUUUGUGGCCCUCUUCCCUUACGAUCCUGCCACUAUGUCUCCCAAUCCUGAUGCUGCUGAGGAAGAGCUGCCCUUCACUGAAGGACAGAUCAUCAGAGUUUACGGAGAUAAAGACCCAGACGGGUUCUACCGAGGAGAGUCUUGUGGUCGUCUGGGUUUUGUGCCAUGUAACAUGGUGUCUGAGAUCCAGGUGGAAGAUGAGGAGACCCGGCAGCAGCUGCUGCAUCAGGGCUUCUUGUCCACAGCGGCCUCCAUGGAGAAGAUAGGCACUCGCACACACGCACAGCUUCCACGUCGCCCCGUUCCACCGCCGAAACCGAGACGAUCCAAGAAAGUGGAGUCUGCAGCACUCUGGGAGGAGAGCGUAGUCUCCUCCAGUCAAGAUCCCAGCCAGACCGCCGCCACCGCCGCUGUGGGUAACCCGGCCCCAGGAGCUCGCAGGAUGGUCGCCAUCUUUGAUUAUGAUCCGCGAGAGAGCUCCCCCAACACUGACAUAGAGGCUGAGCUGACCUUCAGUGCAGGAGACAUCAUACAUGUGCUUGGUGACAUGGAUGAAGAUGGCUUCUUCUACGGAGACUUGAAUGGACACAGAGGCCUAGUGCCCUCCAACUUCCUGCAGGCCAUACCAGCGGAUGCUCCUGCAGAAGCUGUCCCUGCUCAGCCUGCACCAGAACCUAAGAAAGAAUCACAGGGUACCUGGGCGUCUUCUCCAGAGCCACAAGAUCCCGGGCCCUCAACGCUCGAAGAGGCUUUGCCCCCCCAAACAGAAUCCCCUUUCCCUGACCCAACAGAGCACACAGACCCACAGCCCAAACCAGCAAGCCCCACCGAGCGCCCCACAUCAGCUGAGCGUGCUCCAGGUCCAGCCGCAGCGGAGGCCUGCAGCUCCCCUCCAGCCCCCCUCCCAGCGGACAGCCCGACACAGACAGACUGCUCUCCGCAAGGCAAGAAGAAGAAAAGCUUUUUCUCCAAAGGCAAGAAGCUGUUCAGAAAGCUGGGAUCCAGCAAGAAAGAAUGAGAGCCAGGACAUCUGACUGUGAACCGUCACGUCACAUUGAAAGCACUUUCUCUGUCUUCACUGUAGGUAGUCUGCGAGGUUAGUGGCUAUCAGAUCCAACUGAUGCUUUUUAUAAAUUAUACAUUUGCCUUAGAGCACUGCUAGACCGGCUGUUAAAUUUAGAGUACUUUAAAACAUCAACAUCCAGCUUACAGGAUCAAAAGAGCAUGUAGAAGUGCAUGUUGAAGUGUGCAAACUCACAAAUAUAUUCUCUAAAUGCUUCCUAAUUAUCUAAGCAUUCGCAAAUGUUCGACUCAUUAAAGGCUUUAAUGCUUGAUAUAACACAGUUAUCUCACAAUGCAGCAGAUUUAUUCAGAACAAUCUGUUGCAGAAGGAUAUUGAAGAGCAGCCCAGACUCAGCUAAUUAGAUAUUAGCUUUAAUGUUCAUGUACUGGUGCCACUUUACUUAUUUGAAGCAAAUGAAUGGAAGCAGCAGUCUAUCUCUUCCUCUUUGUGACUAUAAAGAAUGCACUAUCCAUCCUGAGUGGAUGUACGUAUUUUAAAUAUGUCUGCUUGUCCCUCACAUGUGUUUCUUGUCUUUAAGAGUAUUUAUACAGUACUUUGUACAGAACAUGUUAUUUAUUUGUAUCGGACUCUUGCCCCGAUCAUCACCACAUGCAUGAAGUGACACUGGGGCAGGAGGUUAGUCAUAUAGAGCUGUCAGAGACAGUGUAGUGUAGAUCUAACGACGGGGUUUGAGGUUAACAGCCAAGACUGUUUAGUGAAGUUGAACAUACUGUUAAAUGUAAAGAAUGUGAAGGCUUGCCCUUCUUUGGGGUGUGUGCGUGUGGUUGGGUGUUUUUGUUUUGUGUG